CUCGGACUCCAGUUGCCAUUGUUAUCAAAAUCCAAGCAUCCAGUGUUGUAGAACUGGCUGUUUGGUGAGUCAUCCCGGUCAUCUGGGCGCGCAGGAGUUUGCUGCGGAGCAAGAUCAUUCACAAAAUCAGUGUUUCAUCGAGGAGGCCUACCUCAUAUGUGAGUUGCUGAGGCGUGGUGCAAACACCGAUGAUUUUUUCAUCAAGCAAAGCAGAGAGAUCCGUAUGUGUGCCUUGAACCUUAUGAAUUGCAAAGGACAGCAAUCUGAAGCUGCAGCCGGUGCCAUGGUGGGUGUGGCACAGGAGGCCAAAAUGAUGUGCGCGUGGAUGAAGAGGGAGAACAUGCUUCUUGACUACUACAAUAUUUCUGCACCUGAUGAGCUCGAAGACUGCCAGAUAAUCCGGUGCAGGACCUUGGAAGUUAUGGUCACCAUUCUGGAAGAGUCUUCUAACUUUGCUGCUGCUGUGAAGUCUGAUAAUGGAGUGUCUGCUAGUGAAACUGAUCAAGGUGGUAAUGGAAAUGACAUCACUGCUGCUUCUGAAGCAGUCAAAUCUACAGGGUAUAUGGAUAGUACAGCUUCGUUUGUUGAUGGGGGCGCAGAUAUUGUUAGCACAUAUAUUGUGUGAGGAUCUAGU